AUGAAUCAAGAUUCUAAGGACAAUCCAAGGUUUUCGUCGUCAUUUGAUCAAGGAAGAGGAAGACAACGCGAGUUUCAUUGGAAAACAGGCGAAACUAUAAAUCUUAUCGUCGGCACAGGAAUUUUUAUAACUCCUGGUAGCAUUUGGAGACUUGUUCAAUCUCCAGGAGGCGCUUUGAUUUUUUGGAUUAUUGGUGGUUUUAUUAAGUUAUAUAGUUGGUUUGUUUGGUGGGCAACAGAAAAAAAAAAAGAUAAUUCACAAGCAUAUGGGUUUGCAUUCGGCUCCAAACCAUUAAGAUUGUUAUUCGGUUUCGCUACAGUCAAGUCCAAUUCGUUCAUUUCCGCUAAAUAUCUACUCUAUGCAAUUGGAGGUGGUAAUGGUGGAGAAUUUGAACACUAUGGCCAUGAUUUUGGCGCAUAUUUUGAUAAAGAUUUCAUUACAUUACGUGUUCUUGCUAUUUUUAUUUUGGCAAUUACUACUGCAUAUCACAUGCUAGCUGCUAGAAAAUCAAGUCACGAAAAUAAACAAAAAUACGAACAUUUCGCAGUCUGCGUAGAUCAAAUAUUGGUCUUGUUUAAAUAUGUUUCUCUAAUGGCUUUGGCUAUCAUUGGUUUAUGCAAAGCAAAUGACCCUAGCUUUAGUUCUACAUUUAGAGAUAAUUGGCGUAGCGCUUUCAAUUAUACAUCAUCUAACGUUUCAUAUCCAAGAGAUGCUUCAGAAUAUAUUGGAGGUUAUGGUAGUGCUGUGAUACAGGAGUUGAAAGUCGAAACCACAUUCCGGAAAUAUUCAGCACUUGCUAAUAUUUGUAUUACUAUGGUACUUUAUAUUAUCGUAAAUGCUGCCUUUAUAUCACUAGUCGAUCCAAAACUUGUAGCAGAUCCAAAAAAUUCUAACGAAAGUAUUGCUAUUAAUUAUGGUGUAAGAUUAUUUGGUGAACCCGGAAGAAAAUUUAUGUCAUCACUUAUCGCAAUUUCUGCCUUUAGUUCUGUGGAUUCAAUGGUCACAGUGAGUUCAUCAUGUUUUGACGAAUUCAAAAAUAUACCAAAAAUACAUGAAGCUUUUUUGUUUUGGAAAGAUAGUAACAAUCGAGAAUCACAUCACAAUUUAUUUGCUCAAUUUAUUUUUUGCUCAAUUUUAAUGCUUAUCUUUCCUGCUGUGAACGUCUAUUCAUUUUUUUCUGAAAUGUCCGAGUAUUUGAUAAUGCUGUUAUAUGGUGUUAGCGCACUUUAUUUAGUUACUCCCUUGAUAAAUGAACCUAAAAUAAUAUUUUUACCUAUAUUCAUUCUAUGUUCACUUUUUGUGGCUCUUGCUCCAUUAUUCCCUGUACCGCCAAGUGAAAAUGAUAAGAUUAAAUACCCUUACGUCUUACCAUAUCUUAUACCAGUUUUAGUUAUUUUCAUUAUUGAAUUACUUAGGAGAAUGCAAAUUUUCGGUAAGCCGGUUGAUAAUAGCCCGACUUUAACUGCAUAUACAUUAGAUAGUCCUAUUGAUGACAGGGAUAAUGAUGAAAACGGUGUUGUUUGA